UCUCUUUGAAUUUUCAAGUUCUCUUUCAUCUUGAAUUUUCAAUCGGUGGCUAUAUAAACUAUCUGGCAAAAGUAAAAUUAAACAACACUUUGGUUGUUUCAAAGAAGAAUCUCCUGCCAAGGAGCAACAUUAAAAAAAUGAAGAAAUUAACUUUCAACUUCAGCCUAUUGGCUCUUUUUGCAUGUUUCUUGUCCAGCAAUGGCCAGAGAAUUCCCAGGAGACCCUAUGGACCUGUCUACCGGCUACGACCCUUUCUACCCCAACAGCUGAGAAGGGUUCCACCAGGCUUUCCUCCUCUCUAUCGCCCAGGAUUAUUUCCACUAGCCCGUCCUCUUCCUUUUCGUCCACCAUGGAAUGCUCCUCCUCCUCUUCGUCCUCCCUUUAGACCAUUGAUCAUUCCAUCUCGAGUCCAUCCAAUGAUCCCUAUUAGACAGCCUCCUCGUUUUCCAGUCUAUCAUGUACAUUACCCUCUCCUUAUUCCUAUUUAUAAACUUCCCAACCAUAAACCUCAACCUGAAACUAAAACAAACCCCAAAGCUACAACCACAAUCCCUACAUCUAUAGAACCAGCCAAUGAACCAACCAUAGCACCCACUUCAAUAGCAACCACCGCCACUUCCAUGGAACCCAGCAAAACAGAAAGCACUCUCACUUCCACAGAACCCACCAUCCCUUCCACAGAACCUUCAGAAAUCUUUCCUAGUUCCGUAGAACCGACCACCACAGCAGCCACCACCACUACCACUCUUACAGAGACCACCACCACUCCUACAGCACCCACCCCCACAACAACAGCCACCAUCACUUCCGCAGAGCCUACCACCACAACAGCAAUCAUUACCCCUUCAAUAGAACCUACCACUGCAUCAGCAACCACCACCACUCCCACAGAAACCUCAGCUGGUUCAGUAGAACCAACCACCACAGCACCCACCCCCACAACAACAGCCACCAUCACUUCCGCAGAGCCUACCACCACAACAGCAAUCAUUACCCCUUCAAUAGAACCUACCACUGCAUCAGCAACCACCACCACUCCCACAGAAACCUCAGCUGGUUCAGUAGAGCCAACCACCAUAGCACCCACCCCCACAACAACAGCCACCAUCACUUCUGCAGAGCCUACCACCACAACAGCAAUCAUUACCCCUUCAAUAGAACCUACCACUGAAUCAGCAACCACCACUACUUCCACAGAACAUACUACAGUUGAAACCAUCAUUCCAGCAGAAGCCACCUCCACAACAGCCAUUAGUACUUCUAUUGAAUCAACUACGACAACCAUCACCACCAGCAUUCCCACAGAACCAGCUGUCACAACAGAGGUUACCACCUCCUCAACAGUACCUACCACUUUAUCAACAGACCUUACUACCACAACAUCAGCAGCAACUACCACAGCAUCUACCACAGCUACUACUCAAAUUAACACGACCCCUCCUUCUACCACAUUGUACAAUACCACUAUCCAAGUGACAACUCCCAGUCAGACUACGUCACUCAAGGAGGCUUUAAAGAAUUUGUGGGAACAAUUUCUUUCAUACUUCCAAGGAAAAAAUCAGAAAUGAUAUUUCCCAAACUUUUCGAGCUCAUAGGAAAAAUGAACUUCAAUUAUUUGGAUGGAAUCAACCCUGAUCUAACUAGCACACCAAAGAAAUAAAAUAAAAUACUAUUUGAGCAACAAUAA